AGACCAGGUAGACCAAAUGAUAAAUCAAAAAGUGACUAUAAAAAGAAGAAGAAUAACACCAAAAAAAAACAAACUUCAUUACAAAUAAAGCCGAAAAGUCAACCAGCAUAAAUAUUAAAAAUUAAAAUAUAUUUAUAUUUACUCUGAUUAAAAAAAUCUUGCAAUGCUUCCUUUAUCACUUUUGCGAACAGCACAGAAUCAUCCUAUGCUGGUUGAAUUAAAAAAUGGAGAAACUUACAAUGGUCACUUGGUCAGUUGUGAUAAUUGGAUGAACAUAAAUCUUAGAGAAGUAAUUUGUACAUCAAGGGAUGGUGAUAAGUUUUGGAGAAUGCCAGAAUGCUAUAUUCGUGGCAGUACCAUUAAAUAUCUUCGUAUACCAGAUGAAGUUAUUGAUAUGGUCAAAGAAGAAGCAGUAGUUAAAAAUAAGGGAAGAAAUGAUAUGAAAGGUGGAAGAGGAGGACAAAAUCAAAGGAAUAGGCCAGCAUCUCGGGGAAACUUUGGAGGUGCCAGGGGUAACAAACAAGGAGGUCAAGGAGGAAGAAAUCCUCAGCUACAGAAGCAGAAGCCAAAAUGAUUUGUAUAUUAUUGUACGCUUAGGUUUACUGUCAUAAUUUAAGAAUUAUUAUUAAUAAAUUGCAAAUGUGUAUAAA